GGUCUAAAAACCUCUCGUAAACCCUCCGUUACACAGUCACUCCACACCCAAUUUUUUUUUGUCACAGUUCUCAAUUCCCCUCUCAGAUCCUUCAUUAGGCUAUCACUCCUCUCUCUAGAACUUUCCUCUACUAUCACUCCCGCAGCAUCGUCACCUUGCUGCUUGAUGGUCUUCGGUUUGUAAAGUGUGAAUGUGGUUUUUUCUGGGUGAGGGCAGGAUCUCUUGCUGAUGGCAUCCAGAAUUUUAGUGAGAAGGAAAAGAUAUCUUGUCGAUUACUUAAAUGUCCAUUUUCGGUCUAUCUUGAAUUACCAAAAUGCCAGCCCUCCUGGACAGUCUACUCGGCAUUUUGAUUAUCGAAGUGUAAACUCUACUACAAACUAUGUUUCUUCAAAGACAAAUCAUGUGAAUGAGGGAAAUGCAUUUUCAUUUUCUAAUCCUAAAAGGCAUGCCACAGACUUUUCUGCACUAGGAAUGUAUAGGUCCACAAGUCAUGGAAUUGGAUCACCUGCUUACCACAAUGAUAGCCAGAAAAAUGGGAUGCCAACGUCUAUGGGUUUGAAGUUACAAUCCAUACGUCAUGCCUCUGUCGCCACAGCAGGACAGCCAGAGUAUGGCAAUGACGAAAAUGAAGUUGCUGCUAAGAAGAAAAAAGAUGCAUCUCCUGAGGAAUGUGAUCAAGCUGUAGUUGGCUUGAGUACUGCUAAAGCGAAAGUAAAAGCUAAAUUGCAGGAUUCACAAAAGAUUGAGAAGAGUGUUCUGCAUAGAACUUGGGCUACACUUUUGGGAAUAGGUCCUGCUAUGAGAGCUAUUGCUUCCAUGAGCAGGGAGGAUUGGGCCAAAAAAACAGUUCAUUGGAAGGAUAUAGCCAAAUCAACCGCACAUCAUUAUUGGUUGGGCUGCAAACUGUUGGGUGCAGAUGUGCGGAUUAGUUCAAGGUUGCUCCUUAAACUUGCUGUUGGCAAGAGUCUCUCUCGAAGGGAAAGACAACAGCUUACAAGGACAACAGCAGACAUUUUUAGACUUGUUCCAUUUGCAGUUUUUAUCAUUGUCCCGUUUAUGGAGGUUUUACUACCAGUAUUUCUAAAGUUGUUUCCGAACAUGCUUCCAUCCACCUUCCAAGACAAGAUGAAAGAGCAGGAAGCCUUGAAGCGUAGACUAAAUGCUAGAAUAGAAUAUGCAAAGUUUCUUCAAGAAACUUGCAAGCAAAUGGCCAAAGAGGUGCAAAAUUCACGCAGUGGAGAGAUGAAGCAAACAGCUGAAGACCUUGAUGAGUUUUUGAACAAGGUUAGAAAAGGCAGCAGCGUCUCAAAUGAAGAAAUUUUGGGCUUUGCGAAGCUGUUCAAUGAUGAACUCACCCUUGAUAAUAUCAGCAGGCCUCGACUAGUGAACAUGUGUAAAUAUAUGGGAAUCAGUCCUUUUGGUACAGAUGCAUAUUUACGUUACAUGCUUCGUAGAACGCUGAAGCGGAUUAAGGAUGAUGAUAGGUUGAUUCAAGCAGAGGGUAUUGAGUCACUUUCAGAAGCUGAACUUCGUGUAGAAUGUAGAGAACGUGGCAUGCUUGGAUUAGUUUCGGUGGAGGAAAUGCGCCAACUGCUUCGUGACUGGCUGGAUUUGUCCCUCAAUCACUCUGUCCCAUCUUCCCUAUUAAUCCUUUCCAGGGCUUUCAUGGUGUCCGGGAAGCUGAAGCCUGAAGAGGCCAUGCAGGCAACUUUGUCUUCUCUUCCAGAUGAGGUUGUGGAUACUGUUGGUGUCACAUCUUUGCCCUCAGAAGAUUCUGUUUCUGAGAGGAGGAGGAAAUUGGAAUACCUUGAGAUGCAGGAGGAACGAAUUAAGGAUGAAGAAGAAAAGGAGAAAGAAAAUGCUAGGACCAAAGACUCUGCAGAGGAGGAAGGAGAUGUUGCGUUGAAGGAGAUGAACAUCGUAACCGCAAGAGAAAUACAAGAACAGACUAGAACAAGAGCUGCUGAAAAACAAAAGCAGCUCUGUGAACUCAGUCGUGCAUUGGCUGUUUUGGCUUCUGCAUCUUCAGUUAGCAGGGAACGUGAGGAGUUCUUGAGGCUUGUCAAUAAAGAGAUAGAUCUAUAUAAUACCAUGGUUGAGAAGGAGGGUACAGAUGGUGAAGCAGAUGCUCUGAAGGCCUAUAAGGCUGCUCGAGAAGAAAGUGACCAUGCUGCUGAAGUGGCUGUUGGGGACAAGGUCUCAUCAGCGCUCAUAGACCGGGUCGAUGCAAUGCUUCAGAAACUGGAAAAAGAAAUUGAUGACGUGGAUGCCAAAAUUGGUGAUCGCUGGCAGCUGCUUGACAGGGACUUUGACGGGAAAGUGACACCUGAGGAAGUGGUUGCUGCUGCUAUGUACCUGAAGCAUAGAUUUGGAAAGGAGGGUAUCGAAGAAUUGAUUAGUAGCCUUUCAAAAGAUAAAGAUGGAAAUAUUCUUGUUGAAGACAUUGUCAAAUUGGGCAGUCGAGCUGAGGACGACAACACGACUAAGUUAGAAAGUAGAAAUUGAGUUGCCUUUGUACCAUUCAGACGAGUAGAAUUAUUAGCAUGUAAACUCCCAAUCUAGAAUUUGAAGUUCCAGCAUCUGUUUUCAAAUGGUGCUGGCGUUGCUCUGUUUGUAUAGGCGUUACCCUGAUAUUAUAAUUGUUGAGUAACUGAUGAAAUUCUAA